CAGAGGUUCCUGAAGUCGCAAACGCUCGUCAGCGAUUUUCAAAGAUAGCUUAUCGGAAAGCGUUCGCCAGGCACUCACCAAGCAUUUACGAGGAUUCCUGGUCCAGGAUGGUCUGCAAUUCGGGAAGAUGUCCAGAGGGCCCUGGAAAGGACGCGUCCUUGAAGUUGGCCCUGGAAGAUCUGAUGAAGAGCAUGUUAAGGGUCUGGUGCAGGGAAGGCCAGGCCCUUAACAGACUAGGAGUACCCGAAAGCGACAAGAGGGUGGUGGUGAGGAGGGAGGUCGGCGGGGAGUUCGGUUUCCGGAUCCAUGGAUCCAAACCGGUGGUGGUUUCCGCUAUUGAACCGGACACCCCGGCAGAGAGUUCCGGAUUAGAAGUUGGAGACAUCAUCAUGUCGGUCAAUGGAAGAGGCGUCAUGGACGCGACUCACUCCGAAGUGGUGCGACUGGCCCAUUCUGGUACCGACAUUUUGGAGCUGGAGGUCGCCAGGACCUGCAACGUCCUGGCUCCCAGGCUCUCCAGACCUGGUCCCAGGGAGGACAUCGCGGAUGCUCCUCUCUUCUCCGGGUAUUUGUGGAGGAAAGCCGCCGUCUCCUCCACUUCUGACAAAUGGGUCAGAAGGUGGUUCGCCCUUCGGCGGGACAACUGCCUUUACUACUACAAGACUGACGCAGACUCCCAACCAGUGGGCGCGGUGAUGCUCCUGAAGUACGUCGUGGACCCCACACCGGAAGUGAGACCUCACAGCUUCACCAUAUCCAAAACUGGAGCACCGACCCACCACCUGGCAGCAGAUUCGGAAGAGGCAGCUGCCAGAUGGAGCGCCGUCAUCAGGGAGGCUGUGGAAAGGAACGAUCAGUCCGACACUUGGCUGGACUCCACCCUGAGGACCCAACUGAUGCCACCCUCGGCAGUCCAGCGACCCGACUGUUUCGGGUACCUCAGCAAGCAACAGGAUCACCACGCCAGGAAAUCCUCCUCCAUGGGCUGGUCCAGGAGAUAUUGCGUCCUGAAGGACGCGGCCCUUUACUUCUACGACGACGUUAACGCGGAACGUGCCUUCGGCGUAGCCUGUCUUCAUGGUUACAGGGUUCAUGGGAGUGCCCCAGGAGCUGGGGGCAGGAAACAUGCCUUCGAGCUGCAGCCUCAGGAUCCUACCCAGAGGGCGUACACCUUCGCCACCGAGUCGGAGAUGGAGAAGAAGAGGUGGUUGGCAGCACUGGAAUACUCGAUCGAUCGAUGGAUCAAGAUAGGCUGACAAAUGCAAAGUUAACUUUAACUAUGUGAAGUGCGACGCAAGUCAUCGAGCUGCGCCCUUGGAAGGAAAACCUGGAAAACGAAAAAACGAAUCCUCCGCCGAUUUCCCGAUACUUCGGCGGCACUUUAUCCCGAAUCGUAAGCUAAUUAACGUUACUUGGAGUUUCUUGUAUCAGUGUACCAUUGUUAUCGGGCAUUAUUAUCAAUUAUCGUCGUUUACGGUCGACCUGCCUCGCCCUUUCGCAGGGGCGAGAUUAAUUCGUAAUUAUUUCCCCUUAAGUCCUCUCUCUUCUCGUGUCUUGCGUACCUUGGAUUUAAGCCCUUCGUUUAAGUAUCGUCGUAAGCUAGUCUUAAGCUCGCGACGUAAGUUCCAAGUCGAGAUCUCUUAAUUCCGAAGGUCCAACUUUCGAAUCCGCCAGAAGGAACUUAAGUUCCUAAGUUACACUUAGCUACAUUUCGUUACGACUUAAUAAUCGCUUAACUCUUUCGUGAGAGUAAAUUAAUUUUUAAAGAAUAUUACGACUUGGGAAAAAAAAGAAAUCGAGGAUUUAAGGGAUCUCGACGUCACUUUAGUCGAGUACUCGUUAAGCACCUAAGUUGCGUUUGGAAAUCGCUUAAAAUGAUAUUUAAGGCCCCUUAUUUUAAAACAAACUCGCGAGUGACCUUAAUUAUAAAUUUCGCAGCCCGUGGAUUAAUUUCACGAUUUAUCUGACGGCUCUCGAGUUUCUUUUUUUUAUCUCUGUCUUAUCUCGAGGUUACAUUAAGUCGGUCGGUUUGUACAUUUGAGUGUGCUUGUUAAGCACUUAAGUUAGGCUUGGGUCACUCGAGGAACUAUGAUUUACGAGAAAAAGCAUGUAAACAUAAAUACGAGAACAAGGGCCGCUCGAGCCGCUCCCACUGGCGGGAAAAUUUGAAAAAUUUGACCGAAGCGAAAUUCCCCCGCACACCAGGCGAGUCCAAAACCGAUCUCUAUUGAUCCCGUUCAACUUUUAAUAUUUUAAAUGGGCUCGGCUUAAUUUUAAUACCCUGCAAAGUGGAAACGGCCCGAGAUCGGCCGACGUGUAAAGUAAAGAUAACGUGUUAAAAGUGCGUCUAUAAAGUUAUUGUUAUCGAACGAGUCCAGGAGACGGCAAGCGGGGAUUAAUCGUUAGGUAACACACUACUCCCAUUGCAACUACUACUAAUUACGGUUAUUAAUUAGGCGUGUCGAGAGUGUUUCUGCAUGAGGCCGUGUGUGCGUGAGAAAAUGGCGUGCGUGGGGACUUUUUUCCGGGGUGGCCGUAUAAUUGUUGGGGGAAUUUAGAAUUUCGAAUUUCUAUGCCCCGCGUUUCGCCGGGGCGGCGACGUUUAUAAAAACCGACAGAUAAAAGAGAAUAUUAUAAUCACGAGUUAUAAAAUCGGAUUGCGAGCCGAAAGUCGGAGCGAUCUCUCUCGUCUCGUGUCUUCUUCUUUUCCUUCCCUCCCCGUGUUCCCCUAAAAACCUCCCUUCCUGGUGGUUCUCCCUCGGUGGCCCAAAUCGCCGAAAGCUCACACGAAAUCGAAGGAGACAGAGACAGAGAGAGAGAUGAGAUAAGAAGAUACCAAGUCAUCCGCUCAAAAAUCUGAGAUAAUAAUAAAGACUUUAAUACCAGUUAUUUAAUGGCGAUUGCCGCAAUCAAUCAUCCCCCCAGUCACAUUCGAAAAGGCCGCCGACGUUGCGAGAUUUCCCCUUUCGCGCCUCCGCGUCCUGACGCGCCGCCAUCUUGGAUUUCCUGGGGUCCUCCAAGAACAAGGAAUUAUUAUAUUCCCAGACGUAUGCUUCUUUCAGAUAGGCGGGGCAUAUUAUACGGGAAAUAAAUCUCGCAGCUCGACGGCGCCGAGCACACCUAGAUUUCGAUUGAGAUGCUGAGAAUCGAUCGGCCGAGGUCCUCGUCAGUUCUAACGAAACUAGGGAUUUUCCACUUUUCCAAACGUCGACCGCGCACAAAGAGUCCACGGGGACACGCCUGGGCCUCGAUUUAGGAAGUAAGCAGCAUGGGACCUGCGACGAGAAUCAAAAGAGAGAAAAGAAAAAAGAUAAAACUAAUAAGUCGCGCUCCGUUUACACGAGCGACAGGCCGUUCCGAGGUCUCAGGGGCUUUUUCGAAAUUCCUGGGCCGAGCUUCCCGAACCUGUCCUCACCUCGACGUAUUUCUAAGAUUUCGGCUUUCUACGUUGUUACGUUUAGCUGUAAUGUUGUCCACGUUGGAAUUGCGCAUGACGAAGCGAGACGUCUUAACGAAUUUUUGAAAAGAAGAGAUUAACGCGUCCUUAA